AUAAGAGCGUUUCAUUUUUGACAAUCUUCUCUAACCGCGACAAAAGCAUUCGGCACGUCUCUACCUGGUCGGAAGUGGUCGAUUGGCGACAGCGGCAGCAGAACGGCGCUCGAAGAGGUUUGUUUAAAAAUGGCGGUGUAUGAGGUGUUUACUCAGCCAGUAUCUUAUCGGUACAAAACAACUCUUUGCUCGAAAGCAACUGUCGUAUUCGUCAUAUCAUCCUUGUUCGUGAUUAUUUUGCCACUUGUUGUGUCGUACAGAAGUAAUGGAUUCUGGCUGAAAAGUGACAUUUAUCAAGAACAGCCAGAUGUCAAAUUCACUCAUGAUUACCUUCUUGUACUUGAAACUAGCAUUCCCCAGAACCCGAUUCAGUGCCGUGCUCAGUUCAGCUUGAAUGACAAUUUCCAACGUCAUUGUCUCUUCAAGUCAUACGAAGAAGACACUAAUCGUGAUGGAAAAAUAGAUUUCAUAACAGUCAAUGUGAAGGUGCCAUUGCUGCGGAAUGAGUCUGUCUACUCAGUCAGGCUUAUCUUGGCUUUGGACUUUUAUAUCUCCAAUAUUUGCCAUCUCCGUAUGCAAUCUUUAGCAGCUGUUGAAUCGACAUGUGGUGUGCCUGGGGCAGGUUUGGAUGUUGCUGCUGAUUUGAGGUUCACUCAAAAGAAGCCUGUGGACUAUAGAACAGCGGAAGCUUUGUUCAGUUCCUCUCUUCUGGCUGAUAGCUCCAGUCUAAAAGAUUUAAUCUUAACUUAUUCUCAGCGUAACUACAGUACAACUUUGAUAAAUCAGUACAAUCUGUGGGCUUCAGGUCGGGACGAGGACGAGCCUUUCCCCAUUACCUUAAGAAUUGCCAUACCUGAAAGUUCAAUUGUGUACAGGCCUGGCUUUUGGCAGGUGGUGAAGUGGGCAUGGAUACAGUACCUGUCAGUUUUUAUAGUUUUUCUGCAUGUUAUGCAUAUUUUACAAGAGUAUAUUUUUAGUAACCAGCUUGUUCCUACUUUUAGAUCUGUACCAUGGAAAAAGAUCCAUUAGAUUGUGCAAGUGUUUGUGUUCAUUUCAAACUUAUUCAAAUAAUUUGUGAAGCUUGAUAAUAGUUGGAAAGAGAAUGCAAUGCUUAUUAAGCAAAUAUAUUUAUUACUAAGUUAAUAGGUAACUUAAAGUAUUACAAUUCAUUUAUAAAUUUCAGAAACUCAUUGGAGAGGCUGUCGUAUCUUCUCUAUUACAAAUCUGUACUUGGUACAAACAUGUAAAAAAGUUACACUCCUCCGUAUUUUUAUGAUGCAGGAGCUUGUUGUUUUGGUCUAGUCAAAGGCGCCAGACUAAGUCUAGAUUGCACUAUUCCCAUAUUUUCUGUUCUGUGAGUUACAGCAAAAGUUAAAGAAAACAUUUUUUUUUUGUUACCUUGCUAUGAAUCACUAUUUAACACAUACACAAAAGAAAGCUA